GUCUUCUGCGCUACACCAUAAUGUACGUUUUCUCUAUGCUGGUAUGGCUGGCCUGUUUGUUCCUGGCCGGCUGUUACGAUCCUACCGAUCCCGAAAUUAAGACAGUGAUAUCACCGAAGGGUACCUUCGAAGCAUUUUAUCCCAGAGGCGAAGAAGGAGGUUCUUCUAGAGCAGCACAUUCUCACGGCAGUUUCUACAAACAUCGCAAUCCGGCCCUGGUCGACUCAAAGAAUGCUGCCGCUUACGGAUUCCGCUUCGAUGGUGGCCGCAGAUUUAACUACGAAUAGAUUAAUAUUGAUUUGACUUUAACUACAUCAAUUAUGUAAUAUAGUAUGUUUUGCAACAUUAA